UGGAGGGGACGCGCGCCGGGCUCUGCACCCUCCGUAGUCCCAGCUUCGAGUACCGGCGCCGCAAGAUGCGGUCUUCCCUGGCUCCGGGUGUCUGGUUCCUCCGUGCCUUCUCUAGGGACAGCUGGUUCCGUGGCUUCAUCCUGCUGCUUACCUUCCUCAUCUAUGCCUGUUAUCACAUGUCCAGAAAGCCCAUCAGCAUCGUCAAGAGCCGCCUGCACCAGAACUGCUCAGAGGUGGUCAGACCCGUUAACGACACCCAUGAUCCCAAUGAUACCACCUGGUGCAGCUGGAGUCCAUUCGACAAAGAUGACUACAAGGAGUUACUGGGAGCUGUGGACAAUGCCUUCCUAGUGGCUUACGCCAUUGGCAUGUUUAUUAGUGGAAUCUUUGGGGAGCGGCUACCCCUGCGUUACUACCUCUCAGCUGGAAUGGUGCUAAGUGGCCUAUUCACCUCCCUCUUUGGCCUGGGUUACUUCUGGAAUAUCCACAUGCUCUGGUACUUUGUGCUCAUCCAGAUCUGCAACGGGCUUGUUCAGACUACAGGCUGGCCGUCUGUGGUGACCUGUGUUGGCAACUGGUUUGGGAAGGGAAAGCGAGGAUUCAUCAUGGGCAUCUGGAACUCGCACACAUCUGUGGGCAACAUUCUGGGCUCCCUGAUCGCUGGAGUCUGGGUGAACGAGCACUGGGGCCUGUCAUUCAUCGUGCCUGGCAUUAUCACGGCCGUCAUGGGCGUCAUCACCUUCCUCUUUCUUAUUGAAUAUCCAGAAGAUGUGGACUGCACCCCUCCUCGGCAUCAUGACGACCCGGAGAAGGAACAGGACAACCCUGAGGAUGCUGUGCACAGUCCCUACAGCAGCAGGGACAGUACUGUGGACAUUGCAGCCAGCUCCUCCAAGGAGCAGGGCCCUGAGCCUGAAGCCAUCAGUUUCCUGGGGGCACUCAAAAUCCCGGGCGUGAUCGAGUUCUCUUUAUGUCUGCUCUUUGCCAAGUUGGUCAGCUACACCUUUCUCUACUGGCUGCCCUUGUACAUCUUCAACGUGGCCCACUUUAGUGCCAAGGAGGCCGGGGACCUAUCCACGCUCUUCGACGUUGGUGGCAUCAUAGGUGGCAUCAUGGCUGGGCUCAUCAGCGACUACACCAAUGGCAGGGCCACCACUUGCUGUAUCAUGCUGAUCUUGGCCGCUCCCAUGAUGUUCCUGUACAACUACAUUGGCCAGAAUGGGAUAACCAGCUCCAUAGUGAUGUUAAUUAUCUGUGGGGUCCUGGUCAACGGCCCUUACGCACUCAUCACCACAGCCGUCUCCGCUGACCUGGGCACACACGAGAGCCUGAAGGGUAACGCCAAGGCCCUCUCCACGGUCACGGCCAUCAUUGACGGCACCGGCUCCAUAGGUGCUGCUCUGGGGCCCCUGCUGGCCGGACUCAUUUCCCCCACAGGCUGGAACAAUGUGUUCUACAUGCUCAUCUCUGCCGACAUCUUGGCUUGCUUGCUCCUCUGCAGGUUGGUGUACAAAGAGAUCCUGGCCUGGAAGUCGGCCCGGAGCAGAAACAGUGGCUCUAGUCUGGCCCUAACCCACCCGCGAUAGUAUUUUCCUCAAGUCCCAUGACUUUUGUGAGUAUUCUCUUCAAGUAUGACUAACACACCAUCGGAUGCGGGCUGCCUGGGAACUCCUCUCCUCUCCUGCGUGUGACCAGCCUCGUGCCCUCCAGCUUUCUCUGUUUCCUUGGGAGCCAUACCCGGAGAUUCAAGCUAGUCAGAGCACGGUGCUUGGGAACUAUUUCUCCGGGCAUCUGAGAUGCUACCGAGGGCUUUGAACACACCCGUAGGGCAAAGGGGCCAGAGAUCCAGAAUCUUCUCUUCUUUGAACUGAGGCUUAGCUCCGCCUCCUAAAUGUCAGAAAUCAGAGUCAUCUGACCCCUCUGCCCGGGCUGUGUCGAAAAGGGCAAGGACCAAUCAAAGCCUCUGGAACAAAUCGCUAACAGUGCUUAGUCCGGUGUGGUUUCUGCCUGGUGUCCAGAGGUGGCGGGUGUGGAAGUCACAGAGGUCAGUGACUGAGUCAGAGGCUGAGGUGCUGGUGACUGGGUGACUGUCCCUGGGGCCUUUCUGGCUCUUUGUUUGGCACAAGUAUCUCACUAAGAAAAGGAGCUGGCAAAGCCUGGACCUGGGCUGGAUGGUAAAUGUGAAGACCCGUCCCCUGGGGUCAUGAUAACCCACACAGCAUCCAGGGAAGCACUUCCUCUUUAAGAAGGCAUCAAACAAGGAGGAAACAGGGAAGCAGGAAGCAGUGGUGCACGUGAAGGCAUUCACAGGGUCUGCCCUGCCCUGCUCUGGAGGACAGGAGCAGGGGACUGGACAGCAUAAGUUUUCUCCUUUCACCUCCACUCUCUGGGCUAGGCUUGAAGGGAGCCAGGAAGAGAAAGAAAGGGAGAAAAGUCCAUAGUGAACUAGAGUAGAAGCCAGGCUCACCUCACUGGAGCUCAGCUCUUAGCCUCCUUGAGAGACAGGUGUUCUCAUUUGAGGUUUGGAGCCAGUCCUGGUAGAACCUAAAACAGAACCCAGGUUUGUGGGGGUGGCUUGUCUCUCUGUAACUGCAGCUCUCCCAGGCUGGUUCUUCCUGGAAGGCCCAUUAAGAAAUGGAUAGUGAUUUACUGGGGCAGGGAGAGCUCUAGGCUGAGAACCCGAAGUCCCGAGAGGUACUUGGUUUCUCUGUACACUCACCUCUAUCUAAGACCUCGGCAAAGUCCUCAAUCUCUGCCUCGUUGAACAUAAUGGGGAUGUUUGCCUCAAAUGCCUGGUACAGUUGGUCUGAGGCGCAGAGAAAAUGAGACAGGGAGUGAUGCUUUUUUUGUGAACUGGCCAAAUGUGGCAGAAACACUUUGUUUUCCAUAUUGUUUGGGCUUGUUAGCGCCUGCCCAACAAGUGAAGGGAAGCCCUAAUUAUCAGCAGUAGAUAUGAAAGGCAGAAGCUUAUUAACGUGUGCCUUACUUUCUCUUCCAUCCCGUCUUCCCUGUUCAUGCAGGUACAAACAAAUCUGAGGCCUCGAGUGGAAGAGCAGCAUGGGCCGUCCCGUCCCUGCUGGGUACCCAGUGGGCUCCCUAUGAGCAAGUGAAUGGAAACUUCCAUCACGGGGAGGCAAAGCCUCCUGAUCUAACCGGCCCAGCCCGAAGCUACACCGCCACUAAGGAAGGGUACAGAAGACUCUAUGGGAAGGGGCUGCUGAGCACCAAGCAUGGGGAAACGGCAGCCUUCAAGGACUGAGCUCUGAGAGCUGCAAUCAGAAGGAAUGGGCUGAAAGCAGAAAGGAAGGACACGGUCAGACUCUUGCUUGUUUGGAUUCCAAGGUCUGGAAAAGGUGCAUCUCUCCUUCCCAUGUUAAAUUAUAAUCUCUGUAAUUAUCCUGUACCUAAGAGGGAUUUCACCUUGGUUCAAAGGUGCCGGGCCUCUGUCUGUCUCUGUCUGUGAAUUACUCUUUCCGUAUUUCCCCAAGUAGGACCCCUCUUGAUCUAUCCUCCACUUGAUAUCCUGUUGAUAACUCAGCCACUUUGAAGCCUUAGCACUGCCCUUGCCGAGCCAAGGCUUGGCUGGGGUAAGGGAGCUGUCAUGAGUACUGAUGUCGCUCUCGGGCUCCUGACCAUGCCCUCCCUCAGAGCCCAGAACCUCCCUUGCCUCACCCUGAAGAUGCCUCAGUGGAUGAAGACAUUGGGGUCAGUGCUGUGAAGACUAAGGGGUGUUGUAUACAACGGCAAAUGCCAGUGUGAAUUAAGCACUGGGUGCUGACAUCCUGGCAGCUCUCCUGUGAGAACAAACAGGAAGUGGCCAUAGAAAGGACUUAACCCUGAACAUAGGUGCCAAGUUUAGCAAGAAAUGAAGAUACCACUGGAAACAUCUGAGUAACUGCUGCUUAGCAGUUGCUAGGAGACAUCUUGCAGCCACCCUCUGCCUGGUGUUCUAAUCACGUGCCUUCCACUCUUGAGUCCUGGUUCACAAUAUGCCAGGCUGACUCCUGGCAUUUCCGCCUGACCUCUAAGGUGCCCAUCAACACCAAUACAGAUUUCCUUUGCCAA